UGCUGCACCUUCCGUGCAACCGAGGCCAAACGCGAAGAUUCGUGAGCAGAAUUUUAAAAUAAACAACAAAUUACUCUCGCCAGUGUUACGCAACGAGACGAUGGAGGUCAUGAUCGCACAGACGGCUACGCAGGGCACUGGAAAUUUGCGCGACCAGCUACAGGAAAUCUUCCACCCCGCCACGGGCACCAGUUCUGCCGCCGCGUUCUCGGUGGAAAUAUCGACCAAAGAUGACACCGCCAUCAUCGAGCGGCUGCGUGGCUUAUCGCCCCAACCGAUUUUCUGCUCGCUGCCCUGGGUUUCGGAUGAAAAUUUGCGCUACGAGGACGACUUCAGCCGGACGCCAUCGCUACGGUUGGCGGGCCAAUUGCAGCAGGCCCGGUACACGGUCGUGAGUCACCUAUCGUGCUACAAUCUGACCGAGCGGCAGGUGCAGAAGAUACUGGCCACCGGCCUGGUGCGCAAUCUGUUCAUCGUACGCGGUGACACCGUUAAUCCGACGCAGCGCUUUACCCACUCAUUCGACCUAGUCGCCUAUCUGCGCCGCGACCCGGUUGAGGAUAGUCCCGAUCGCAGCACCACCGCCUCAUCCGUGCGCCUCACGAUCGGUGUCGGUGGUUACCCGCAGGGACACCACCAGUCACGAUCGGCGGACGACGAGUUACGGCAUCUCGCCGAAAAGGUUGCGCUCGGGGCCGAUUUUCUGCUCACGCAAACGCUGUACGAUGCGGCCUCGUUCUUUCACUACCGGGACCGGUGUCGGGCGGCCGGCAUUAGCAUCCCGCUGGUGCCCGGUAUCUAUCUGCCGCACUCGUACCGUCAGCUGCAAACGAUGUUGGGCUUUACGCGCGUUACACUGCCACCGGCGGUACGGGACACGUUCGAGGCGCACGCCGGCGACAAGCCGGAGGAGUUUGAAGCAUUCGUGGUGGAGUACUUUUCUGGCGUCGUCAGUGAGCUGCUGGCCCCAAACGAGAUCGCAGGUGAUCCGGUGAAAUUGGUGCACUUUUUCACCUUCAACAACCUGAGGCUGCUUCAGCAGGUCCUUGAUCGCGUCAAGUUCGAAUAAAGAGAACGGGUCCAGGUCCGGGACCGGCUUCA